AUGGGUGCCCAGUUUAGGACCCUAGAACGUGAACAGAGGUUUAAGAACCCUCCCAAAGACAAAUCGUCCUUCCCCCUCCUAGCCGAGGCCGUCGCCCCACACAUUGGCUCCUUCAAUGCCCUUACAGAGGGUCCUGAUGGGGGACUUCUCAAUAUGGGUGUGAAGGAUAUCGGCACCAAGACGAUUUUCGAUUCUUCCGAUGAACUCAGGCUUGGAAACAAGCUCCAAAUCAAAGUCGAGUCGGUUCAGUUGGCCAAGCCCGCCGUGCCUCCAACGGACAAGCUCUCGGUUAACCGUAAGACUCUUCCCUCUGAGUGCAGAGAAAGAAUGACAACCUACAGAGGCAAGUUGAUGUUGAAGGUGACAUGGUCCGUCAAUGACGGCCCCGAGGUUUCUGAAAUUCGUGAUGCGGGUCAAGUCCCUAUCAUGAUCAGCUCCAACAGGUGUCAUUUGGAAAAGAUGUCCCCAAACGAGUUGGUUGCCGCCAAAGAAGAGAGUGACGAGUUGGGUGGAUACUUUAUUGUCAACGGUAUCGAGAAGUUGAUUCGUAUGUUGAUUGUGCAGAGGAGAAACCACCCUAUGGCCCUCAUCCGUCCCUCUUUCGGAAACAGAGGUAACUCGUACACCAAGUUUGGUUGCCAGAUCAGAUGUGUUCGUCCUGACCAAACCUCCCAGACCAACGUUUUGCAUUACUUAAAGGACGGUAACGUCACUUUCCGUUUCUCUUGGCGCAAGAACGAGUACUUGGUGCCUGUCGUGAUGAUCCUUAAAGCCUUGUUGGAGACCAAUGACAGAGAGAUUUUCGAUGGUAUCGUUGCUUCGGACAUUAACAACUCUUUCUUGACCGAUCGUCUUGAAUUAUUGCUCAGAUCCUACAAGUCAUACAACCUCCAUUCACAAAGAGAAACCUUGGCCUUUUUGGGUGACAAGUUCCGUGUGGUUUUCGAGGCUCCAGCUGACAUGUCCGAUAUCGAUGUUGGUAAAGAGCUUCUCAAGAAGAUCGUGCUCGUGCAUUUGCCAAACAACGCCGAUAAGUUCCGCAUGCUUCUUUUCAUGAUCCGUAAGUUGUACACUUUGGUGGCUGGUGAUUGUUCUCCAGACAAUCCCGAUGCUACUCAGCAUCAGGAGGUUUUGUUAGGAGGCUUCCUUUAUGGUAUGAUCAUCAAGGAGAAGAUUGAAGAGUACUUGCAAAGCAUCAAGGUUCAGAUCUCCUCUGACAUCAACAGGGGCACCAGAGUCAACUUCAGCGACAGGAAGUACAUGUCUCGUGUGUUCAUGAGAAUCAACGAGAACAUAGGUCAGAAGUUGCAAUACUUCCUUUCCACUGGUAACCUUGUAUCUCAAUCUGGUUUAGAUUUGCAGCAGGUCUCUGGUUACACUGUCGUCGCUGAGAAGAUCAAUUUCCACAGAUUCAUUUCACAUUUCAGAAUGGUCCAUAGAGGUUCUUUCUUCGCCGAAUUGAAGACCACUACUGUCAGAAAGUUGUUGCCAGAAUCUUGGGGUUUCUUGUGCCCUGUCCACACACCCGAUGGUUCUCCAUGUGGUUUGUUGAACCAUUUAGCUCACAAGUGUAAGAUUUCGACUGAGGAAUCAGAUGUCUCUCAGGUCCCAGCAGCAUUGGCCAAAUUGGGUGUUUCUCCAGCACAUACUUUCGCAGCUGGUCCCAAGUUGUGCUGCGUCCAAUUGGAUGGUAAGAUCGUCGGUUGGACAAGUCAUGAACAAGGUAAACUUGUUGCUGAUGCAUUGAGGUACUGGAAGAUCGAGGGCGGCCAUGGCUUGCCUCUUGAUUUGGAAGUUGGUUAUGUUCCUCCUUCUUCCAAGGGUCAGUACCCAGGUUUAUUCCUCUUUGGUGGUCGCUCGAGAAUGAUGAGACCAACCAAGUACUUGCCUCUCGAGAAGAAUGAUAUCCUUGGUCCAUUCGAGCAAGUUUACAUGAACAUUGCUCCUAAGGUUCACACCCAUGUGGAGUGGGCUCCUACAAACAUAUUGUCCAUUUUGGCCAACUUGACACCAUUCUCAGACUUCAACCAGUCUCCAAGAAACAUGUACCAGUGUCAGAUGGGUAAGCAAACCAUGGGUACUCCAGGUACCGCUUUGGUGCACAGAUCAGACAACAAGCUUUACAGACUUCAAACAGGUCAGACCCCAAUCGUCAAGGCUAACUUGUACGAUGAAUACGGUAUGGAUAACUUCCCUAACGGUAUGAAUGCUGUUGUUGCUGUCAUCUCAUAUACUGGAUAUGAUAUGGACGAUGCCAUGAUCAUCAAUAAGUCGGCUGAUGAGAGAGGUUUCGGUUACGGUACAGUUUACAAGGUUGAGAAAGUUGAUCUCUCAAUGACCCGUAAGAGAGGUGACCCAAUCAUUCAGCACUUGGGUUUCGGCGAUGAUGAAUACCCAGAAGCUUGGAGAGAGAAGUUGGACGAUGAUGGUUUGCCAAUUAUUGGCGUCCAUGUUGAAGAAGGUGACCCAAUUUGUGCAUACUACGACGACACCAUCGGCAAGACGAAGGUGAAGACGUACCACUCCAGUGAGCCAGCCUACAUUGAAGAAGUCAAGCUUCUCGCAGACGAAACCGGUGACUCCGAGUGCCAGCUGCUUACGAUCAAGUACAGAGUUACCAGAGCACCAUUGAUCGGAGACAAGUUCUCCUCGAGACACGGACAGAAGGGUGUUUGUUCGAGAAAGUGGCCCCAGGUGGAUAUGCCAUUUUCUGAAACUGGUAUUCAGCCCGAUGUCAUCAUUAACCCGCACGCUUUCCCAUCUCGUAUGACCAUUGGUAUGUUUGUCGAGUCGCUUGCUGGUAAGGCAGGUGCUAUGCAUGGUAUCUCUCAAGACUCUACUCCUUGGACUUUCAGUGAGGACGAUACCCCAGCCGAUUUCUUCGGUGAACAGUUAAGAAAGGCCGGAUACAACUAUCACGGUAACGAGCCAAUGUACUCUGGUGUUACUGGUGAGGAACUCCGUUGCGACAUCUACAUUGGUGUUGUCUACUAUCAAAGAUUGAGACAUAUGGUUAACGACAAGUUCCAGGUCAGAUCCACUGGUCCCGUCAACUCCUUGACCAUGCAGCCUGUGAAGGGUCGUAAGAGAAACGGUGGUAUCCGUGUUGGUGAGAUGGAGAGAGAUGCCUUGAUUGGUCACGGUACUUCAUUCUUGCUUCAAGACAGAUUGCUCAAUUGUUCCGAUUACACGCAAACACCAAUUUGUCGCUCAUGUGGUCUGAUGCUCAAUACGCAAAUGUCUGUUCCUCGUAUUGGAACCUUCGCCACGAUAAGGUGCCGUGGAUGUGCGGAGAAGUUUGACUCUUAUGCUAAGAAGGGUCUCCAAGUCAGUGAUGCUGAUGUCUGGGAAGAUGGCCUGGGAACCAAGUUCGUUGGUGGGGAAAACACGACAACUGUCGCUAUUCCUUUCGUCUUGAAGUACUUGGACUCGGAGUUGGCUGCCAUGGGUAUUAAGAUGAGGUACAACGUCACGCCUCAAUAA